GCUAAUUAUUAACAGGGCUUCUAUGGUCACAACCCUUUUAUUGAAGCUUUGAUAAGACACUACAGGGACGAGGGGCAAACGAAGACAAGCUAUGCAGCAGGAAUCCAGGAAUCCAUUUUCAGCAGCCUCUAAAAAGAAAUGUGACUUCUAGCAUCUGCUCCGGAGGGAUACGAUGGCUUGCUGGCAUCUGAAAGGACCCAUAGCCUUAUGGGCUUUAGUUUUCAUACCAUCCGUUCCUGGAUUUCACAGGAAUGGAAGUUCUGUGUGGGAAAAGGACCCCAAUUUAAGUCCUGUGAAUGAAACGCAGUUGUUUUUGCAUGACACGUUUCCUCCAAAUUUCCUCUGGGGAGUGGGGACCAGCGCGUUUCAGGUGGAGGGGAGUCAGCACGAGGAUGGAAAGGGUCCCUCAAUAUGGGAACAUUUCCUUCAUUCACACCUCAAGGAUGCUUCCAGAAUGGAGGACUCGAGUGACAGCUACACUUUUCUGGAAAAAGACUUAACUGCUCUGAGUUUUUUGAGAGUUUCUUCUUAUGAGUUUUCCAUUUCGUGGCCAAGGCUAUUUCCUACGGGGAUGGUAACAGCUGUCAAUGAAAAAGGACUCAGCUACUACAACCGUCUCCUAGAUGCUCUUAUCCACAGACACAUUGAACCUGUAGUCACUCUCUACCACUGGGAUUUGCCUUGGGCAUUGCAAGAAAAAUAUGGGGGCUGGGAAAAUGACUCCCUCAUUGAUAUUUUCAAUGAUUAUGCCACUUUUUGUUUCCAAGCCUUUGGAGAUCGUGUGAAGUACUGGAUUACAAUCCACAACCCUUAUCUAAUUGCCUGGCAUGGAUAUGGCACCGGGCUUCAUGCACCUGGAGAGAGGCGUGAAGAAGCCGCCUACGUGGUAGGACAUAAUCUGAUCAAGGCUCAUGCAAAAGUCUGGCAUAAUUACGACCAACAUUUUCGACCCCAUCAGAGAGGUUUUUUAUCAAUCACAUUGGGAUCCCACUGGAUUGAACCAAAUAAAAUCAAUGAUGAAUCAGAUAUUAAAAAGUGUCAACUGUCCAUGCAGAAAGUGCUAGGUUGGUUUGCCAAGCCAAUACAUGGAGAUGGAGAUUACCCUGAAGAGAUGAAGAUCGAACUUGCCUCUGUUCUACCAAAUGCCACUCCAACUGAAAAAAAACAUUUUAAAGGAACUGCUGAUUUCUUUGCAUUUUCUUUAGGCCCAAAUAAUUUUAUACCUCCAGGCAAGCUGCCAAAAAUGGGACAAAUUUUCUCACUCGACUUGAGAGGAGUACUGAAUUGGAUUAAAUUGGAAUAUAAUAAUCCUAGAAUCUUGAUCGCUGAAAAUGGAUGGUUCACCAAUAAAGAUGUAAAAACAGAAGAUACUACGGUUAUUUACUUAAUGAAGAACUUUAUUAAUAAGGUUUUGCAAGCUAUUAAAUACGAUCAGAUUGAUGUGUUUGGUUAUACGGCUUGGUCCCUCUUGGAUGGAUUUGAAUGGCAACACGCUUUCAACAACAGACGAGGUUUGUUUUAUGUAGAGUUUGAUAGUAAAGAGAAGGAGCGGAUUCCGAAGUCAUCUGCGUUUUAUUAUAAGCAAAUCAUUCAGGAGAAUGGCUUUCCUGUGAAGGAAUCAACCCCAACUUUCCAUGGCCAGUUUCCUAGUGAUUUCUCCUGGGGUGUGACAGAAUCAGUUAUCAAGGCAGAAUCCAUAGCUUCCUCCCCCCAGUUCUGCGAUCCCAAUCUGUAUCUCUGGAACAUCUCUGGAGAUGGUGAAUUCUACCAGGUGAAGGGAGUGAAACUGAAAACCCGGCCAGCUCAGUGUACAGACUUCAUCAGCAUUAAAACACAACGUGAACUGCUGUCAAGAAUGAAGGUCACUCAUUAUAGAUUCGCUUUCAAUUGGUCACUGCUUCUCCCCAGUGGUGAUGUGUUGUCCCUUAACCGGGAAGUCCUUCGAUAUUAUCGAUGUCUGAUUAGCGAGAUACUCAAACUCAACAUGAAGCCUGUGGUCACCUUGUACUACCCAACCCUUCAGUCAUUGAACCUACCAGGCCCUUUACUUCAACACGGUGGAUGGUUGAAUCAAUCCACCGUCCAGGCAUUUAGCACUUAUGCGGAAAAGUGCUUCCAGGAAUUUGGAGAUCUGGUUAAAUUCUGGAUCACCAUUAACGAGCCCAAUCGUUUCAGUGAUAUUUACAACGGCAGCGGUAAUGAUACCUAUCAAGCAGCUCACAAUUUGUUGAUAGCUCAUGCCAUGGCUUGGCACGUAUAUGAUAAACAGUAUCGUUCUUUCCAACAGGGACAAGUAUCUCUGUCUCUGCAUUAUGAUUGGGCGGAACCUGCCAAUCCUUAUAUCGAUACCCAUUUGGAAGCCGCGGACAGGUUCCUCCAGUUUGAGAUGGCGUGGUUUUUAGAUCCUCUGUUGAAGACGGGGGACUAUCCACCCGCCAUGAGAAAGUAUCUCACCUAUAAAAAUAGCAAAAGCCUUUCCAGUUCUUUUUUGCCUUUUUUCACGAACAAAGAGAAGCGGCUUGUGAAAGGGGCUGCCGAUUUCAUUGCCGUGAAUCAUUUCACUACUAGAUUUGUGGCCCACGAAUCAAAAAAUGGGAGCCGGUAUGAAUUAGAUCAGGAUGUUCAACUCGUGCAAGAUUUCACCUGCCUCAGUUCCCCCGUUCGCUCAGCAGUGGUGCCUUGGGGGUUACGCAAAGCCCUGAACUGGAUUAAAAAGCAUUACGGUGACAUGGAUAUUUAUCUCACAGCUAGCGGGGUAGAGGACCAAUCUAAAGACAACGACGAGUUACGUAAAUACUAUAUUGAAAAAUAUGUGCAGGAAGCCUUUAAAGCUUAUCGUAUUGACAAAGUCAACAUCAGAGGCUACUUUGGAUUUAAGCUAACGGAUGAAAUAUCCAAACCCAAACUUGGAUUCUUCACUUCCGAAUUCAAAGCGAAAGCUUCUGUCCAAUUCUACAAUCAACUGAUCUGCAACAAUGGCUUUCCCACACAGCCUACAAGUAAAUGUAGUCAACAAAAGGAAAAGGCAUCCUGCACACUCUGCCUACUUUUACUGCAGAAAAUGCCUCUAAUAUUCUUUGGAUGCUCCCUUUUUGCUACACUAGUAAUGCUUCUAAGUAUUAUUGCUUUUCAUAAACAAAAGAAAAGAAAACAGCAUUGGUCAAAAUACUGCCAGCAUCUUCAUGUUGCUGUUGAAACUAGACAUAAGAAAGUUCUUAGCCAGAUAUAAUUUUCUUUCUCCAUUUGUCAACAAGGAUUAGAGGAAUUACUGGAAACACUCCAAAGUCACUCCAGUUAUUGUUCAGCAAGAUACUUAUGAUCAGAAUGCCAAAUUCAGGAUUCUGACACAGAACCACACAUCGGUGUUUACUGGGACUCACUCUUCAUUCACUUCCUUGUCCCCCACUCUUAGGUAUUUCUAGCUUUUACUACAGGAAAAAUGUUGUCCAGUCGACCACCUUGGCUUACUUCCUUCAGCCUCUGAUUACACUAACCAAUCCGAUGAAUGCCAUUUAAACUAUUGUGAUGCCUGCACAUCUCCAGGAGAGCAAACUAUUAUUAAAAAGUUUGCAUGCUGGUUUGUUAUUUUAAUUAGAAUUCAACCAAAUGUUUUCAUUGCGUAUAUUGGGAUAACUAUGUAAUUUAAUUUGAAAUGACAGGAUUUAAAAAUUGUGCACUUUUAGAGAACUGUCUUCACAUUUCUCAAAUAUAAUUCUCUUGGGGGGUGUUGCAGUUUGUAGAUGGAACAUUUACAAUACUCUUUCAUUUUUUGCAAUCCAAUUAAUAUUCUAAGUAAGUCAAAUAUCUACAUUUAACAGCAACUAUCCAUCACUAAUGCUCACUUCCCAAUUUGUCUCCAAAAAACAAGAAAGUACAUUUAGAUAAAUGCAGUUUUUAGUGGUGAGACUGUAGAGUUAAAUUCAGUUUCCAAAAUAAGAAACAAGUGAAGUUAUGGAAAAUGACCUGAAAUAUCUCAUUUCAAGUUCAGAUCAAGAAGGAACAGCAAAUGAAAUGAUUUAAAAGGAGAAGCUACAUUUUAGUAAGUAAUUGACAUCAAAGUCAAAAUUAAUACUGCAAGGCCCCCUUCUAGGAUUCCAGUGAAUAGGCUUUAAAAUGACAAACAUAUUAGAAACUGCUGUUCCUAGAAAAAAAGACCCUACAUAUUAGUAGGGAAAACCAAACAUUCCGAGAACUCUAGGUUUGGGAAGUAUUACAAUGUUUAAAAAAUGGGAAUGCUAUCAACUGUGUAUAUUGGGCCCAAGUUUGUCAUAAAUGAAUAUCCCUUUGUUCGAAGGAAAUGUUCUGUAGUGGUACCUACUUAUGUAGUAAAAAGUAGAAGCUACUGUAUAUUUUCACAAGCUGAAAAAUUCACCACCUCCACUAAAAAAGCUAAAGUGCAUCUUUAUGUUCAAGUUAUUUCAUCUUAGGUGCAUGUUGCUGAACUAGAAAGCUCCUGAGACAUGUGUAAUACUUAACAUGUUUUGUAAGUUAAAUGAUAAAUAAGCAAAUGGGAUGUUUAUUGUGCUCUCAAUAUCUACCUCUGAGAACUAAUAGCUUUAAAUGGGCUAGACUUCUAUGUUUUUGAAAAUAAUCAGUAAUAUUUGGAAACCAGCCCCAUUGCUCUAAAAAUAUUGCACUUAUUUUUGACUACAAAGCAUUUUCACACUUGCAAAAGUAUAAAUGUGUAUGUCACAGCUGUGUCUUUCUCUGCUUACUGGGUAAUAAUGCAAUCUCUGGGAUCCUGUGACACAGCACACGCCCACGUUC